ACGUCUACAAAUGAUCCCUCCCGGAAGUUCUUCGCUCUCGUCUUUAGCUAGAAUCCGUUCACUUCCGGAUCACCUCUUCCGUUUUUCGCCCUCCCCCCUUUGUCGUAGGGCCACGCCGCAGGUGAAAGCCGGCGCGUCUUCAGCUACCUGGCAGCUUCGCCUUCCGUGCUUGUCGGUCGAGCCCCGGUGUCGGAGAUGUUGCUGCGGCGCUGGCAAGGCCCUGGUGCCACCGCAGGCUGGUUGGCGGCGGGGCUGCUGCUGCUGCUGCAGCUCAGCGGGUCGGUCCGCGCCUCGGAGAUCACCUUCGAAUUGCCCGAUAACGCCAAGCAGUGCUUCUAUGAGGAGAUCGUGCAGGGCACCAAGUGCACCCUGGAAUUUCAGGUGAUUACUGGAGGACACUAUGAUGUCGACUGUCGCUUAGAAGAUCCAGAUGGGAUUGUGCUAUAUAAAGAAAUGAAGAAACAGUAUGAUAGUUUUACCUUUACCGCAUCUAGAAAUGGAACAUACAAGUUUUGUUUCAGCAAUGAGUUUUCAACUUUCACACACAAAACAGUAUACUUUGACUUCCAAGUUGGAGAUGACCCACCUCUCUUUCCUAGUGAAAACAGAGUCACUGCACUCACUCAGAUGGAGUCAGCGUGUGUUUCAAUUCAUGAAGCUCUAAAGUCCGUCAUCGAUUAUCAGACACAUUUUCGACUGAGGGAAGCACAGGGCCGUAGCAGAGCAGAAGACUUAAACACGCGAGUGGCUUAUUGGUCAAUAGGUGAAGCCAUCAUUCUACUUGUAGUUAGCAUUGGGCAGGUAUUUCUUCUCAAAAGCUUCUUCUCUGACAAAAGAACCACUACAACUCGUGUUGGAUCAUAACAGGCUUUAAAUCCAUUGUUUGAAAAAUAUAUUAUUAUUUGAAUGAUUUCUAGUUAAAGAACAAUUAAGUACAGGGAACUUUUUAAAUACCUUUAGCCUUUUCACUUCAAAGUUAUAAAAUUCAUACUUCCAAAAGCUGUCACAAAAAAAAAAAAGACAGCCUUUUAUUUGUUAUAUGUUGGGAUUUUCUUUCACAUCUGCUGAGAAAUCUAAUAAUUGCUAUUUUUUUUUAAAAAAAUGAGACUUGUUUGUAAGUACAUAGUGCUUUAAGAAAAUCCUUUAAGUAGUUAAUUAAAAGAUUGUCCUUAUGAAUGAAAAAAAAGUCUGACCUUGCAAGUUGAAAACAAAACAAAAACAAAACAAAACAAAAACACAUAAUUAACAGUAGUCUCAAAGUCUUGUAAUGCACUGUUUUGAGUGUCUGGAAAUUCUAGGGUCUUGAAUCAUUUUUGGGUGUGUGUAUAUAUAUAUAUAUAUUAUUUUACUGUACCAAUUUUAGAGUCCUGGAAAAAAACAAUUUCCUGUGCAUUGAAAGAAGGUUACCAUUUUUGCAUUUUGUUUUUUAAAUUAAAUAAUGGGAGAAAUGCCUUCUAAUUCUUGAAGCUGAGUCUUUGAAGAUUGCUGUUGUUGCUGUCUUGAGAACUAAAUCAGCUUUGACACAAACCAUCUAAAUUUUAGGAAUCUGAUGUUUUCACUUUCAUUUGAUAGGACUAAGCAAAAAUGCAUUGGUUUAAGUAACUUGCAGCUAAAAUUUAGCCUUGUAGUCUCUUUAAUAUUAAAUCAGAGCUGUUCAACAGUAUGCCCUUUAGAUAUUUGUAACUAUAAUCCCAAUAAAUUUUAAAGACGGUCAGUAAUCAUGGGAGUUACAAUCCCAAGAGAUCUGGAGACUACUAUGUUAAAGAAUUGCAUGGCCAUAAGUGGCUUGAGUGUUUUGGUCUAAAUAAUUGAUUUAUUAAGCAAUGUAUGCAGAUGCUGGAUGUAUAUGAAUUAAUUUGCUGAUUAAACAUUCUAAAUUGA